AUGCGCCGCAAGGACACGCCGGAUGAGAAGCAGCCGUGGGUCUAUCUGCAGUGUGGCCAUGUUCACGGCUACCAUAACUGGGGCAACCACCGUGAGGAGCGGGAGGGGCGGGAGGGCCGGCUCAGGGAGUGCCCCAUGUGUCGAGCGAAGGGCCCCUAUGUGCCCCUGUGGCUGGGCAGCGAGGCGGGCUUCUAUGUCGACGCAGCUCCGCCCACUCACGCCUUCAGCCCCUGUGGACACGUCUGCUCCGAGAAGACGGCGGCCUUCUGGAGUCAAAUCCCGCUCCCGCAUGGCACGCACACUUUCCACGCUGCCUGCCCCUUCUGUGCCCAGCAGCUGACCGGCGAGCAGGGCUUCAUCAGACUCAUCUUCCAGGGACCGCUCGACUAGUGGAGCAAAUUUCCCAGCAUGCUUUGGAGGAGAAUUUCUUUUAACGCUGACCCUGCAGCUAAAACACAGAGCUGUCCAGAUGUUUUGGUUUCCUGGACUUUUUGCCUCUUUCUCAUUUUUAAGUGACCUUUGUAUCACUUUUUUCACGAAUGAUGACAAAGAUUUCUAUAUUUUCAUGUGAAACCAGAAACACAAAAAAUUUGUUUCAUGAAGAGAACUUUCCACAAUAUUUAUCUAAAUUACUAACAUCC